CGAGCUAAGUUUCAUUUCGCUUAGAUAAUGGUUCAUCGGUCGCUCCCCAUCUUUCGUGCAGUCCACAUGGUUGUUGCUAUUAGGUGCAAUAUUCUUGCGAGUUAACCUGAACCCAGACUGGGCUGUUAUUGCGCCCUGAGAGUUUCCACACACCAGGUUCACAAGUUCAAGUUCUCCCCUUUUGGAAGUAUUAGGUGCAAUUAUAAAGUACUCUGGAGGAUAAUAUUCAAGGAGAAAGUACGGGCUGCGGAGUCACGGUCAGCAUGGCCCAGUGGAACCAGUUGCAGCAGCUGGACCCCAGAUAUUUGGAGCAGCUGUACCACUUAUACAAUGACAGCUUCCCCAUGGAACUGCGGCAGUUCCUGGCCCCCUGGAUAGAGAGCCAGGACUGGGCCUACGCUGCCAACAAAGAAUCCCACGCCACCCUGGUGUUCCACAACCUCCUGGGGGAGAUCGACCAGCAGUACAGCCGCUUCCUACAGGAGAACAACGUCCUCUACCAGCACAACCUGAGGAGGAUCAAACAGAACCUCCAGAGCAAAUAUUUGGAGAAGCCUAUGGAGAUUGCCCGCAUCGUGGCCCACUGCCUAUGGGAAGAACAGCGCCUCCUGCAGACUGCCACUACCGCCUCCCAGGACGGCCAGGCUAUUCAUCCAUCUGGACCGGUUGUCACUGAGAAGCAACAGAUGCUGGAGCACAACCUGCAGGACAUCAGGAAGAAGGUGCAGGACAUGGAACAAAAGAUGAAAAUGCUGGAGAACCUGCAGGAUGACUUUGACUUCAACUACAAAACGCUCAAAAGCCAAGGAGAGCUGACCCAGGAUCUGAACGGUAACGGGCAGGCGGCGGCCGUCAGGCUGAAGAUGUCCCAGCUGGAGCAGAUGUUAAGUGCACUGGAUGGGCUUCGCAGGCAAAUGGUGACGGAGAUGGGAGGCUUGUUGACGGCCAUGGAGUUCGUGCAGAAGAAUAUGAUGGAGGAGGAGCUGGCCGACUGGAAAAGGCGGCAGCAGAUCGCCUGUAUCGGAGGGCCCCCAAAAAUCUGCUUGGAUCGCCUGGAGACCUGGAUCACAUCCCUGGCGGAGUCGCAGCUGCAGAUUCGGCAGCAGAUCAAAAAGCUGGAGGAACUUCAGCAGAAGGUGUCCUACAAAGGAGACCCCAUCAUCCAGCACCGACCUGCCCUGGAGGAGAAAAUCGUGGACAUCUUCAGGAACCUAAUGAAGAGUGCUUUUGUGGUCGAGCGCCAGCCAUGUAUGCCGAUGCAUCCUGACCGGCCUUUGGUCAUCAAGACGGGAGUUCAGUUUACCACCAAAGUCAGGUUACUGGUGAAGUUUCCAGAGCUAAACUAUCAACUAAAAAUUAAAGUUUGUAUCGACAAAGAGUCGGGUGAUGUAGCUUCUCUGCGUGGGUCUCGUAAGUUCAACAUCUUGGGCACCAACACCAAGGUGAUGAACAUGGAAGAAUCUAACAACGGCAGCUUGUCUGCAGAGUUUAAGCACCUGACUCUGAGGGAGCAGAGGUGUGGCAACGGGGGCCGGGCCAACAGUGACGCCUCACUGAUCGUUACUGAGGAGCUUCACCUCAUCACCUUUGAGACGGAGGUGUAUCACCAGGGCCUCAAGAUUGACCUGGAGACUCACUCUUUGCCAGUGGUCGUGAUCUCCAACAUCUGUCAGAUGCCUAAUGCUUGGGCCUCCAUCUUGUGGUACAACAUGUUGACCAAUCACCCCAAGAACGUGAACUUCUUCACCAAGCCACCAGUGGGAACAUGGGACCAAGUGGCUGAGGUCUUGAGCUGGCAGUUCUCCUCCACCACCAAAAGAGGACUGACCAUCGAGCAGCUGUCCACACUGGCCGAGAAGCUGCUUGGACCAUUAGUGAACUACUCCGGAUGCCAGAUCACUUGGGCGAAGUUCUGCAAAGAAAACAUGGCUGGCAAAGGCUUCUCCUUCUGGGUGUGGUUAGACAACAUCAUAGACUUGGUGAAGAAAUAUAUUCUGGCUCUCUGGAAUGAAGGGUUCAUCAUGGGCUUCAUCAGCAAGGAGCGCGAGAGGGCAAUCCUGAACCCCAAGCCACCCGGGACCUUCCUGCUGCGAUUCAGCGAGAGCAGCAAAGAGGGCGGCAUCACCUUCACGUGGGUGGAGAAGGACAUCAGCGGCAAGACACAGAUCCAGUCCGUAGAGCCCUACACAAAGCAGCAGCUCAACAGCAUGUCCUUCGCGGACAUCAUCAUGGGCUACAAGAUCAUGGACGCCACCAACAUCCUGGUGUCGCCGCUGGUGUACCUCUACCCAGACAUCGCCAAAGAAGAUGCCUUUGGGAAGUACUGCAGAGCAGAAGCCAUAGAGCAGCCAGACUUGACUGACCCGGCUCACGUCCAGUACUUGAAGACGAAGUUCAUUUGUGUGACACCCACUAAUUCAGGUAACACCAGUGACCUUCUCCUCAUGUCACCCCGGACCCUGGACUCGCUGAUGCACAACGAGGGGACUGAAGCCAACCCUGGCCCAAUGGAAUCUCUUACUCUGGACAUGGAACUCAGCUCCGAUGUUGCCUCCCCAAUGUGAGGAGGACUCCACAUCCAUGCACCCAUACUAUUAUUGUACUUAACUUCUUUUUAAUUUUUUAAUUUAUACUAAUAUUUAAUCUAUGGGUUAUCCUUUAAACCAGCGUUUCUCAUCCUGGUCUUGGGGGACCCCCAGACAGUCCACCUUUUUGCUCCCUCCCAGCUCCCUGCCAGACAGUCCACAUUUUUGCUUCCUCCCAGCUCCCUGCCAGACAGUCCACCUUUUUGCUCCCUCUCAGCUCCCGGCAGGACCGGUUUGAGAAAUACUGCUUGAAACGGUGUAGAAGCCCAUCUUUGGAUGGCUACCAGUGGUGAAGCUUAAUAUUGCUAAUUAUUCUUUGACCAUUAGCACUUUUUUAUUGUUCUCUUGGACCUUCGUGGCUGUCAGCGCACUUGUCUUGACUCAUGUUGACCAGUCGCUGAUGAAAAUGACCACAGGUUAAAGAAACCUUUUGGGAGCCAGAACUAAAGAGUGGUGAUGGAUUCUCUUUGAUUUACUGUAAUGGGAAAAAAUAUGUAGUUGUUCAGUUGUACAGUGAAUGGUAACACUGCCUGUCUUCCCAACACGAAUGUGUGGACAAGGUUUUAAAAUAGCAUGCAGUUUACUGUAAAUGUUUUUAAAGGUAGACAACUAGAAUAUAGCAUGAAAUUUCCUGUUAGGGUCAAUGAUGCUGUACAAUUUUAUUUGGUGUGUCCUUAUGCAGCAAAUUCAUAUGUAAUCUGUUAGGCUAUGGUUUUUUUUCCAGUGUUGUUUUGCUGAUGUCUCUGUGCUGUUUACUUUUAUUGGGAUUAUCAACAUAGACACCCAUAGUAUUAUACCAUCCAUAUGUCCAGCACUGUUUUAGUACUGAACCAGGUGCUAUGGGUACAGAUAAGAUCAUUUAUUUGUACUGAUUAUUCUGUAUUUAAUGUUCUGCAUUUGAUUUUCACAUUGUAAUGAUGGGACUGAUUAUUGAACAUAUUUUCACCUUUUUAUUACAACAGAUUUUCCUGUUAUCAUGUACUGCUUUAAGCAGUUGCUUUUUUUAACGGUUAAGACUCAGAAAUCCUUUUUUUUAAGUCACUGCAUAGUUUGCUUUGAAUUGCAGAAUAAAACAAAUAUGAUUUGUCAGUACUGGCUAAUAUAACUUCUCUUUUUCAGACUUUGCUGUAGUUUCAAACAGAAUUCCCCAAAACAAUGAAUGUUUGAUGGUGCUUUUUGCCACCAGCCUCACAGACUCUCCAAAGCUUUGAGAGAUAAAUAGCAUGCAGAUGGCUUUUGGUUUCAAAAGAACCUGUUAGUGCACUCUUACUUUUAAUAAUGCCUUUUGAAACAAAUAGUUUCUUAAUAAAGACAAAUUAAGCUGA